AUGGACAAAACAAUGUCAGCAAUGCCUUCGUCUUCUACAGACGACUCCAAGCCAAUGGCCAUCCAGAGCUUGAUAUCGCCACCAAUCAAGUCGCACGACUCUUUCCAGCAAACCACUUUGCCACUGGAUUUGAGCGUAGCAGUCGCAGCCAAAUCUUCCCGCAACCAGCCAGCAGUACACCCGCCCCCCUCGCCUCCAGUCUCCCAGAAGAGCUCUCCUGAGAACCAGUCCAAGGACUCCCAAGACAUCAACGAUGGACGACCAGGAUCUAGUGGGAGCCUCGUCGACCCCGUACUAUAUCCAGGCGCCACCAUCGACGAUCCUCAGCCAUUGUUUCCACCCACUCAAGAUGCCGAAGUGCAUAACCGCGAGUCGCAAGACGAGGAGAUGAUAGAUGCCUAUAUCGCCACCAGACCGAAACAAAUGUUCACAGAGAAAUCUCCCCCUUCCAAAGAGGACUACAAACUGUGCGUCAGCUUCGUCUCGGGGAUGAUGGGUGCCUACACGAAAGAUCGCAGGGGAUGGCUCAAGAUGUGCCGCAACGAGCUCAAAUCACAGAACCGAGCCAGGGCCGAAGCCGAGAAGCAGGCAAAGCAGACUGUUCACAGGCCAAUCCGACCUGCCCCUCAGCCCCAACCGAUGCGCAGGGUACCGUCAUCAUCGUCAGCUUCACGGGUAUCCAAGCCCAAGCGGCUGCCUACUUCGCCUCGUCUACCAUCGAGUCAUCGCGUGGUACCUUCAAAGCCAGCUGCUUCAAAGCCGGCUGCUGCACCUCCAGUAUCUCCAGUCCGUUUCGCAGCCGUCAUCUCCAGACCACCUGUGACAGGAGUAAACCCCAUUGCGCCGCGGCCAACGACGCAGGAUAUACUCCAUCCUGCAUACUCCUCGCAGCCGCUCAAGCGCACGGUCAAGGCUACGGCCAAGAAGGUAGAGAGCGACAGUCUCGACGCCAAGAAGCAACCGACAACGCGGGCCGACAAGGACUUUGAAUCGAUCCCGGAUUUUUCUCCUCCGCUGUCGUCGCUCGAUGGCCAGAAGCCGGGCUGCAUGAAGGUCGAGUGGCGCGGUCAGCACAUGGACCUGAGCCGCGACCCGCUCGUGGGCCUACUGCACAAGGAGGAGGUGCUCCUGGCCGGCUGUAUCCGCGUCGACUGCGCGACGUACCUGACCGCCAAGCGACGCAUCUUCCAGCGCCGGCUUGAAUGCAUGAUGCAACCCAAGGAGUUCCGCAAGACGGACGCCCAGCAGGCUUGCCACAUUGACGUCAACAAGGCGAGCAAGAUGUGGCAGGCGUUUGAAAAGGUCGGCUGGCUCGAUGCGAAGUGGAUGGUGCCCCACGUCGGCACCUUGCCGGCGGCCUAA